AAUGUUUCGAAGCAAUCUAUAUAUCUACUCUAUAAAUAUGACAACUACACGAGUAAAGAAAACAUGUGUACAGCUACACAAGUAAAGAAAACAUUUCAUGGGUACGAUAUCAAGAAUAAUUUUAUAAUGCAUAUUCAUUGACAGAAAAUAACAGGCCAUUCUGAUCGACGGUCAUCAUCAAAAACCUCAAUGAUUCUCCACCUCCAUUAUUAUAAUCAUGCACGUCUAUGAACUAUUCCCUCAUUUUGUUGCUAGUUAAAAAAACCCCAAGGCCAAAAGUCUCAUCUCAUCCUCCAUUAUUAUAAUUUUCGUCAUAUUUAAAGAAAAGUGAAGAGGAAAAACUGAGAGACAGUGGAAGUGAAAAUGGGCACAGAAACACAAGCUGAAGAAUAUUAUCCAAGAAAGGGUGGUCUUAGAACCAUGCCUUUCAUAAUUGUGAAUGAAUCAUUUGAGAGGAUAGCAAGUUAUGGUUUAAGCCCAAACAUGAUAAUAUACUUGAUGACAUAUUAUCAAAUGAGUGCUGCCACUGCAGGUAGCAUUCUUGGAAUAUGGAGUGCGCUCUCAAAUGGGUUGGCCAUUGUAGGGGCCAUUGUUUCUGAUUCUUACUUGGGUCGGUUUAGCGUUGUUGCCCAUGGAUCCAUCUUCACUCUUAUUGGAAUGAUUAUUUUAUGGCUCACAGCAAUGAUUCCACAACUCAAUUCUUUCUCCUGCUCUCAGUUCCAACAUGUUUGUAAUGGAACAACAGCAGUCCAACUUGCUGUGCUACUGUCAUCUUUUGUGUUUAUGUCCCUGGGAACUGGUUUUGUUAGACCUUGUUCUAUAAUAUUUGGUGCUGAUCAAUUGGAAAGUAAAGAGAACCCCGAGAACCAGAGGCUUGUUGAUAGCUAUUUCAACUGGUACUAUGCCAGCACAGGGAUUUCAACUAUCCUUGCAGUCACCACUAUCGUUUACAUUCAAGAUCGUUAUGGUUGGCAAGUUGGCUUUGGCGUCCCUGCUAUCCUCAUGUUUUUGUCUGUCAUAAUGUUCCUAAUCGGUUCUCCUCUUUAUAUCAAAGUGAAAGCUAAAGAAAGCUUGCUAAUAGGAUUGCUUCAAGCGGCUGUAGCAGCUUUUAGGAAAAGAAAUACCAGUAUUCCAUUGACUGAUUCUGAUGACUACUAUCAUUUGCCAAUGGAAUCAGAGAUCUCGACACCAUCAAAUGACUUCAGGUGCUUAAAUAGAGCUUGCAUGAUUCAAGAUCCUCAAAGGGAUUUGAAUCCUGAUGGAUCAGCUUCAAAUCCAUGGAACCUCUGUAGUUUGGAACAAGUUGAAUCACUGAAGGCUCUUAUUAGGGUACUUCCUAUGUGGUCCACUGGCUUCAUCAUCUUUGUGGACAUGAAUGUAUUUUCAUUUUCUGUACUUCAAACAAAGACCAUGGAUAGACAUAUCUUCCCUCACUUCGAAAUACCAGCAGCAUCAUUUAGUAUGUUCUUGAUAAUUGCUUUAACAAUCUGGCUUAGUUUCUACGACCGUGUUUUGGUCCCUUUGCUAUCGAAAUACACUGGACUACCAAGAGGGCUAAGUCCUGUCACCCGAAUGGGGAUUGGCUUAAUAGUCUCCUGUAUGUCUAUGGCAUUGUCAGCAAUAACAGAAAGCAUAAGACGACGAAGGGCUAUAGAGGAAGGGCAUGAGGACGACCCAAGUGCUUUAGUGAACAUGUCUGCUAUGUGGUUCGUGCCACAGUAUGCACUACUUGGAGUUGCUGAGGCUAUCCAUGCAGUUGGACAGAUUGAGUUCCUCUACUCUCUAUUACCCAAAAGCAUGUCCAGCAUCGCGUCAGCUAUGUACAAUAUUGGGACUGCUGUGCCGAGCUUGUUUGGAAGUAUUCUGGUGAGUGGUGUGGACUGGCUUUCAUCAACUGGUGGAAAAACGAGCUGGCUUUCGAGCAACAUUAAUAGGGGUCACCUGGAUUACUUUUACUGGCUACUUAGUUUUUUGAGUUUGCUCAACUUCUUCUACUUUCUGGCCGUUUGUCGGUGUUAUGAACCUGGCAAUGAUGGGAGCAGUAGGUUCUCUCAUGUGGCAGAAGAGAAACAAUGCAAUUAUAGGCUUUUAACUGAAUCUUCAUGAUAUGUUGUACUGCAUUGUUAAUUGACGUAACCACUUAUUUAAGUUAGCCAGUAAAGUGCUUUUAUAUGUAUAGACCUCUAUAUUAUUUGAAGUAAUGACUUAUGUGCACAUGCAUUUUGGAUUCUCAGUUCUAACACAUUUUCUUAUGUCAAAUGGAGGCUUAGAGAAAUGGUAUUAGUGUUUCAAAGGGAGCUUACAGGGAUGAAUCUUUUGGAUUCAUUUUUCAGAGUAUUAGUUGCCUCUUCCUCCUUCAAAUUCUUGGAAGUAAUGUAUGCAUGGACCAUUUUUCAUAGCAAUAUAACAGAUGGAUUCUUGUUCUUUCCAUUUA